AUGAUCGUCACUUCGGCACGGCGCGCACCGGGCCAGGCCAGGUUCUUGGCCGACUCCUCCUCUUUCCUCUUGCCGCGGCGAGCACGACUCCGCUACACCACUGAAGCAUCCAACGACCGGCCAGCCGCAACGAGACACCGCCAGUUCCACGACUAUUUCGUCACGCAUAUCCCAAGCUCCUCCCUCCAUCCCGAUCCGCGCGGACCGACCUCUUCCUUCCACAAACUGCCUCGCUCCGCGUCGAUCCCACACACUGGAGACACCCCCCGAUCACCGACCAACUUCCAGGCGCUGGUAGGCCGGGAGACGACUGUGGUACGCGUUCCACUGCGCAGCGCCAAGCAUCACUUUGGGGCCGUCAGCGCCCGUGGCACUCGCCCGAGCAAUGAAGACGCAUAUCAAGCCGGGGUCAUCGAUAUUCCAGCGUUCGCCAAAAGACCACCCGCGUCGCUGACCAUCAAGCGAGAUGCUGAGGCUCAGAGCCGAGAGUCGCGCGGCGCGCAGACCGCCAGCGGAGAUCCGCAGGUCUUCUACUUUGGCAUCUUUGACGGCCACGGCGGGGCCGAGUGCAGUGCAUUUCUGAGAGAUAAUUUGCACGAGUACAUCCAGAAUACGGCUGCCGAUUUCGAGCUCGAGUCGAGCCUGCGUACGACACAGGCGCCCAAAGUGAUGGAAGGGAUAGAAGAAACUGCAGAGAUAGACAUGGCUACUACGUCACUACCAGUGAUGCAGGGAGGAAAUCGACAGCGCAUCGGUGAUCUGGAGAAAACCCUGGUCCAGAACUGGAGACGGUUAGUGGGCGGCUAUUUCAAACGGUUCAAGCCGCCAAACUUCUUCUACUACGGGACCGAGUCUGCAGUAGACGCUCGAGCAAUGGGUUGCGCCUCGAUUGAAGAGGUCCUGGAGUAUGCGUUCUUGCGCGCAGACCUAGAUUUCAUGAAAGCGCAAGCGGCCAAGCGUGACGACGAUCUGGUCCAGGCUGAGAAACCAUUGAAUGAGGACGAGAUUCUGCACAGUCCCAGCCAGACUCGGUCCAUCAAGAUUGGCGGACGCGCGCGGUUCAAGGGUGGCAGCACUGCAAGCGUGGCCAUGAUCUCGACACCGACGCCGACCCCGUUCUGGCACCCCGCAGGGCCGUCCAGCCUACUGGUCUCGCACGUGGGCGACACGCGGAUUAUGCUGUGCUCCACCGCCACGGGAGAGGCCAUCCCAGUCACAUCCAACCACCACCCCUCAUCACCCAUCGAAGCAAGCCGACUGCGCCGGUACGCGGCCACCUUCGUGACCGAUUCCUUCGGCGAGGAGCGUAUGAGCGGGCUUGCCAACACGCGAGCAUUUGGCGAUGUCCAGUCCAAGCGCAUCGGCGUUUCUGCUGAACCCGAGCUGCGUCGCAUUGAAAUGGGCCCCGCCGAGUUCUCGUUCCUCGUCAUGGUCUCAGACGGUAUCAGCGGCACGCUCCUCGACCAGGAAGUUGUGGACAUCAUCAAGGAGGCCCGCACGCCGGACCAAGGUGCCAACGACGUGGUCAAAUUCGCGACGGAGGUCACCAAGGAAGGCGACAAUGCCACGUGCCUGGUCAUCCGACUCGGUGGAUGGGAGCGCCGACUCGAAGGCGGCGUGGGAAGCCUAGGGACGAAAGAGUCUCGCGAGUGGCGGCGACAAGAAGCUACGGAUCCGCGCAGGUCACGGACAUGA